AUGCCACCCAUUAGUGAUAACUGGCCAGAUGUCCAAGCAUCUCUCGAUGUUCUGGAAUCAGAGUAUGCAGGGCGAGUAACCUCCAUGCUCGACUUCCUUCAACCCCACUUCACCCACAUAGCAAACUACGCCACAUCUCUACACCCUCAGAGACUCGCGUGCCGCCUCCUUACAGACCACUACACCUGGGGCCAGUCCUUCACGGUCUUCGAGGUUCUCUUUUCCGAUAACACAUCCUGGAUUAUCCGCUUCGGCAUGCGUCCUAUGGAUGCCUACUUCAACACUGCCGCUCAGCUUGAGCGCAAAAUUUUGAACGAAGUGGCGGCCCUACACCUCGUCCGACAACGUACCACCAUCCCCGUUCCCGAAAUCAUCGCUUACCACCCCAUCCCGUCCCCCUCUAACCCCCUAGGGCCCGACUUCCCCGCAUUCGUUCUAAUGACAGCCAUCACCGGAACGACCAUAGAAGACUGCGGAAUAGCAAUUCACGAGCUAAGCACCGACAGUGCCACUGGUUGCGGAGGCAAGGCUGGUGACCCUCUUGGAGGAGACGAAAGCAAGCGGCCCAUCCUACAACGUUACCUCCGCGACAUCGCGGACAUUCACGUGCAGCUCAGCAGGAUAACCUUUGACCGUAUAGGCUCCUUCGUCAUUGACGAUCAGGGCCACGUGUCAGUCGGCCCCGGAGCUGACUUUGGGCUGGGUCCUUUCGAGUCAGCGAAGGAGUACUUUGCCAUUCAGGCAGAGGCGUAUGAGAAGCUAGCGAUAGCCGCCGGUCUGGACGAGGAAUCAGGGGACGUGAUCGAAGAAGGCAUCACGAACACGGACGGCGCACAGCUUAAAAGACGCUUUGUUGCGUCGCUCUGGCGCGCCGCUAUGAUGCCCCUCGUUGACGAGCGGGAUGAUCGGGGCCCGUUCCCCAUGCGCCACGGGGAUCUCCACAGCGAGAACAUCCUCGUCGACGCAACAGGACACAUCGUCGGUGUGCUGGAUUGGGACUGUGCUGGCACAGUUCCAUGGGAAGCAUUCGCUGUGCCGACAUUUGAAGUGUCCGAACACUUCACCGAUGCCGAGUCUGCCGACAGGAAAUCACCCCAGCGUCAGGAACGCCCAAUUGUGCAUGACGCGUUCAAUCGCGAGCUGGCAGCUGCUGAAGCUAAAAGCGGCGCCGUUGCGGGGAAUAAGCCCCCGUCCGGCCGCACGCUAGCCGCGCUGCACAACUCCGAUGCUGGGCACGUCGGUGCGUAUCUGGCGUACUGGAUGUACUCCCUUGCGUGCGACUAUGAGCAGACUGGUCGGGCGCUUCAUCGGAUGCUGGGCUCCGGCGACGAUAUUGAUCAGGCGUUCCAAAAAUUUGCGAGAGAAGUGGGGGCGGUCUCUGUAGAAGUGCAUUAA